UACAAUAUCUCUAACAUUGUACAUUAUCAAACUGCUCACAGUUCCACGUCCACGACAUGCUGUCACCCUGAUCGCAUCCCUCGAACCUCCUCCCUUGCCGCACAUCCGAAUCUCUCUACACCACGCUUUGAGCACCUCAUGCCGUCGAUCCUACUUGACCGGCGCCCAUCUUGACAUGGGCUCUUUGCCUCAAUUCCUAACCAAACCCUCCCCCGUUCCUUCCAAGGCCGCCCUUCGAGUUCUUCGACAGAUCGCUUUAUCUCCUCUGACUCUUACUGUGGGCGGCCUAUGCGGCGGUUAUGGAGUUACAUUACUAGAUUUCGAGACCCGUCGAAAGAUUCACAGCGCCCAGACUGCCCUUGAGAACAAACGGAUUCUGCGUUCAAUUACACAUGGCAGAGGAGAAGCUUAUGUCCAGGCUAUGUUCGAGGCGGCAGAGAGGGGAGAUGAUUUAACCUUGUUCAAGAAAAAUUAUCCCAAAACUCACGCGCGACCUUUGACUUCCCUUGCCCAUCUAGUCCAGGAAGAUCCCUCGGAAGAUCCAUCGGAAGAUGUGCCCGUCAGCUCUUCAGAAGAACACUCCACCCAGAGUCGUCCUCAGCAGCAAAGUCCAGUCUCAACCCGGCAGAAGUUGUUGCAUAACUUUGUUCCCGCUACAACUAGGGCGAACCCUCAACCACAGAGACCGAUCAUCCGCCAGCAUUAUAGUGCCCACGGAACCAAACGUCUCUCCAGCCCGCGAGACGCAAACCUCCUCCACCACAUCCCUAAGGGCUCCCGCGGACAUGGGCACUUCCUACCAGAAUCCAAACGGCCUGGAUUGUCGCUGCCAUUAUCUUUCCCCUACAGAAGGUCUCGUAAGACGUACGAGACCACAUCACCUAUCUCAACCCAUGUUUCCCUACCUCCAUAUCGUCCAUUUAACGAGCUGGGUGGUCACCUCAGCCCCGACGACCAACCGACUCCUGCCACAGAAGCAGCUCCCUGGUUGUCAACAAAUCCAAAGAAACUCCCGUUGGUGGAAUGCUCUGACUACAUGAGAGAAAUCUUCGACACCGAUCGCAAUUACUCUAUCGAAUCAUUCUCUGCUGAACACAUUUUAUCAUCGCAACCACAACUCAGACAGAAAUUGCUCCUCACAUCUUCCAAUGCGGAGGACCUAGCACUCAUCACUACUUUCAUCUUUGGCGACAAGCACAGCACUGCCUUGUCUGCGGCCCUCCGAUGGAUGUCGGUAUUGGAGCACUUUGUGAAUCGUGGUACAGAUCUGGAUUUUGAUCUAGCAGAAGGCUGGUUUUUCGAAUACAGAGGUUACUUCCCAUUCGCUAUGGCCUGCACACCUCCAGUCUUACAGAUUGUGGAACGUCGUCUGUCAAGCGAUGACAAGCUGCAGGGAGGGGCAAAAUUUCUCUACCCUCGUCACUUCGCGCACUCCUUGUGGGGCAAAUCUCGAGAGCUUCAUACUCACGCCCUAGCGAUCGCUUAUCUCGAGUACUUUGCACAGAAAACGCCCGAUUAUACGGCUCAGGGUCUCGAGCUAGACAAGAUCAUUUUGCUAGCAGAUAUUUCCCAUGUUCCUUUGAACGACGAGCUUUUGGCUCCUAUGCUUAACUCUCUGGUUGAUGACAAGAGAACGGAGCAAGCCCAUCGGUUGCUACAUGCGGUCGAAAAGCGCUAUGGUUUCGAGAUAAGUCAACAAAGCCUCGAACUACUGGCAAUGAGCUACGCCACCGAAGAGGCAUGGUCCAGAGCUUCAGAAGUAAUCCACGAAAUGCAUGUUAGAAACUAUUCCCGAACGGUGCCUACUCGAUUCCAAGCUUUCUUUGCUAGGAUAUUGGAGUACCGUGGUCGUCAUGAUUCUGCGGAGCAUUGCAUCAUCUACGCCAUGGACCAUGUCAGGGCGUCAGGUUUAGUGGUGUGCAGUGAUGUUAGCAGAGUUAUCGUAUGCAUCGCCUUGCGCGACGGCCGGCAUGAACUUAUUGCUGAAUGGGAGCGAUUUGUCGAGCACUUGUUCCUGCGGGUGGACGUCAGUUAUUCUCAAUAUCACAUUGUUACAGAUAUUGUACGUGUGUGGGAAGAGCUUGGGAUCAGCUGUGCUGAAAUUGCUAGCGCAUGUCGUGCCAUGGCGAUCGGUGCUCGGGAAGAUCCAUUCGGCCCUUUCAUGAGAUCUUCUGUCUGGAAGCUUUUGAGAAAGGAUUUGAUGUUCAGACUCGAACCUUUGCUCAAAAGCUCGACCACCAAAUACGAUCUCAACGCGAUACCGACCGCCUCUCUGAUCCAGCUUGCUGAAAAGAUUUGCCAUCGUGCGGAAUCAGGAGACGAGGCAGCACCGUUGCGUCAGAUAAAGGUUCAACUGGAAGCAAUUGCCGACUUGAAACAGACCUUCAAAGGAGAAAACUCGCACGAUCCAUUUGACUCUGAGACGUUCAGAAGAAAAUCGCCCGAUUACCACGAAUACCGGCGUUUCAAGCCAAGGAUCUCAUCUCCUGACGAUUGGGUACCCACACCCUCAGAACGUGUUCCUACCACCACAAUAUCUAUCGACAAGGCCCUUGCUGAACACUAUGCAAAGACAGGAAGGAAAAGCGAGGAAACCCACUCACUGCUCAAAUCGAUCGUAAGGAAACUCACAUUGAGUUGCCGAACCACUCAAGCAAUCCGGCUGCUAGAACGUGUCUACAACAGCAAACACGUCCAAGGACAAUACGGAACUCCGUAUGAUGAAGAGUUGUUCUCGGAAUGGCUAUCUCUCGCAUACAUGUACGGAUCUGAAGGAUCAGGCAUUACGGCUCUUUGGGCAAUCAUUGAUUCUUACCGCCAUCUCAACUUCAGCCAGCAUUUAUUCAUGUUGAUGGACCAAGCACAUCGAUCGGAAACCCGCAGAAAGGUCGGUAUGGGAAGUGCGCAUAUUGCUGGUGCGGGGGGUCCAGAAUUACGCCAUCUUCGUGGUCGACUCAAUGUCUUGCAGUCAGCGAAAUCGCGCGCUGACGAUGGUCCUGUGGGUUUCGAGGACUGGCAAAGCUGGGAGCAACGCUUGAGACAACCACCGUCCAAGGAUAUGGAAUUCUUGACGUUGUGAGUGAGUUGAUAAAUAAACGUAUUGUACAUAUAUAAUGGACGAAUAGCGGUCAUCGAAAAUACCCAGAAUAGUACUAUAUUUUGUUCGUUAACCAUGUA